UCCUUUUUUCCCAACGUUCAAACUUCACCGCUUUCAAUAUCCCACCAAAAUCUUCCCUAUAUAAAGGGACACAAGAAAAGGAGUAUAGCCCAAGAAAACCCCUUCAAUUCUCUGAAAUCUUCCCUCAUCUUGCAACUUCAAGACCCAAUCCUUAAAUCCCUAAUCAAACAAUCAAUAUCUAAAUCUCUAGAGAGGAGAUUAAAUUAAAAAAAAAAAUUGAAUUAAAUAUAUUAAACGAUGUCUGCAGUUGUUUGUCGUAAGAGAUCGUACUUCGAAGAUUUACAAUCACCCUCGUCUCCGAUUUCAGUGUCACCGCCGGUGAGUAAGAAGCUUCGUUCUUCUUCUUUCAUCACCUCUCCGCCACCGUUGUCGUCUCUUUUCGAUCAGCUCAGAGGUUUAUUUCCUCGUAUGGAUACUCAGCUACUUGAGGAAGCAUUGGAAGAAUCUGGAAAUGACCUGGAUGCUGCUAUUAGGAGCCUGCAUGAGCUACGCCUUGGAUAUUCAGAUGGAAAGUCGGAUACAAAAGCUGAUGGAGAGAUGGAAAAUGGUAUGAAGCCCACCAAUGCGCCGGCUGCUCAGUCGGAAGAUCCUUCAGCUGAAAACAAUUUUCCUGCCGGUGGUGCAGAAUGGGUUGAUUGUUUUGUGAGAGAAAUGAUGACUGCUACAAGCAUAGAUGAUGCCAGGGCUCGAGCUACUAGAUUGCUGGAAGGCUUAGAGAAAUGCAUUAGCUCACGUGCAGGUGCAGAGGCAGCUCAAAAUUUUCACAAGGAAAAUAUAAUGCUGAAACAGCAAAUAGAAGUGCUUCUUCGAGAUAAUGCCAUCCUCAAGAGGGCAGUGGCCAUUCAGCAUGAACGUCAGAAAGAGUAUGAUGAAAGGAACCAGGAAGUGCAGCAAUUAAAGCAGCUGAUUGCCCAGGGCAAAGAGCAAUUGAGAGCUCUUGAGAUCAACAAUUGUGCUUUAAAAAUGCAUUUGCGGCAAGCUCAGCAAAGCAACUCUCUCCCUGGAUUCAAUUCAGAUGUGUUCUAAUGUGCCGAAUGUUCAAUGAAAGAGAUGGAGCCUAGAAAGAGAACAUUCCUUCUGGCAACUUGUGAACCCUGAUUUUGGAUGCUUUACAGGACAUAUUAUAUGUGUUGUCAGACCUGAGAGUUAUAAGGUUUCUUUUGUAUAAAGGCCAACUUGUGCUGGUAAUUCCAAUGAAGUUGCCCACAAGGGGCAUCAUCCAAAUUUUUCCAAUAUGAAGUCCUCAAAUGAUUGUCUUGAGUGAUGUCAACAAGUUUGGUA